AUGCCACGUCCGCGGCGAAAACCACCCCGAUCCGGCGCCCUCACGGAACUCCCACCCCUCAAGAUCCUGCGGUCCAUCCUCGUGCUCCAGCUGUGGUACUACACCACGUUCUUCAUCCUCGCCGUGUUCGUGUCACUUGUGCUCGGCCAGAACUUUUCCCCAGACUUGGUCCUCGACUGGCGGAGUGUGAGGGGAGACAACACGCUCGGCUGGACGGUGGGCUUUCUGUGCGUUGUUAAUGGAUUUGUCACGGUGAUUCCGAUCCUGAUCUUCAUUACACGGUCGAAGCUCGUCCCGGACUUCGCGUUGACAAUCCACUUCAUCCACUUGCUCGUCACGUCCUUCUACACCGGCGCAAUCCCUACAAAUUUGCUAUGGUGGGGUCUUGAAGCCGCCAGCGCGGCACUGAUGAUCGUCACGGGCGUUUGGGCGUGUCGGUACAGAGAAAUGCAGCCUAUAAGUUUUGGGACUCCCGCGACGAAGAAGAACGUCACUCCUGCGGGAGAACCGGCAAACGGUUUCGCGGAACCACUUAGGGGGAAUAAUAGCUAUGAAAUGGGCAAUAUAAGGGGAGAUGAAAAUGUAUAG